CGCUUCGUCUGCUUCUUCGCACGGUCGUGCGGUCACAUGCGCAGGUACCGAAACUAUGCCAUUAUUUUUGUGAUAGAGCAGCACGUCAUGCCGCAUGUGUACUGGGCGCGCUAACGGCCAUGAUCCAUGUGACGUCACAUAGCGAUAUAUAUAUGUACGCCGGCACUGAAUAAACUGAUUCCAUUCCCGGUUUGGCUGCGUGAUGACGUUAUAACAACUGGCGACGAGGGUCUUGCAUACCCACGUAAGCGACGGCCUUGGUCCUGCACGGGUGGACAGGCACGAACGGAAGCAAGCGAGCGGAGUUUUCGUCCAGCUUCAAGGCGCUGCACGGGCUCCCGGAGUACGGCACCGCCCACCGAACACCCCUGCGGAGGAAGCACUCGGCCACAAGGAACGACAACGGGGCUUGGAGCUGGCAGCACGUCCAAGCAAGGAAACGCCAAACUGAUGAGUAACGGAUAUAUGUACUGCUGUCGAAAUGCCGCCACUGGGAAAGAUGUCCGAGUUCGACCCGAAAACGCAAAACUUCGAGUCGUACUUAGAGCGUUUUGAACAUUUCUUAACGGCUAAUGAUAUCGCCGACGCAAAGGAGCGCCGCCUUCCCGUCUUUUUGACAGUCAUAGGACCAGAGGCUUACGAAGUACUGAGAAGUCUUGUUGUGCCGGCUGCCCCGGGAGAAAAGUCAUACGCAGAAGUUAAACGCCUCCUGAAGGAGCACUACAGCCCCAGGAGUUCCGUUAUAGCAGAACGAUGCAAGUUCAACCGGCGCGUACAACAGGAGGGCGAAAGCGUGGAGGAGUUCAUCGUGGAACUUAAACAUUUAGUCAGGAAGUGUGACUACGGUGACUUUUUGCAAGACGCCUUCCGAGAUAGGCUGGUUGCUGGCAUACGGAACGAAGAGACCCAGCGUGCCCUGUUUGCUGAACGAGAGCUGACAUUUGAUGAGACCAGUUCCGUUUGCGUUGCAGGAAAAAGUUGA